GUUGGGUCGGCCACCAUUCCGCAGGGCGUAAUGGCCGCCGCCCAUAUGUGGGGAGACUGCUGUUGGAUUAUAUUUGAUGUCAAAAAACAGGUGCCAGAAUGUUCUCCGAGAUCCCGUUUUCUUAGGGCGGUGAAGGCAUACAUAGGUUGGGACGAAGUGAUGGGAAAAGUAGGGCCUCUGAACUAUGCUAGUGGAUUGUAGGUCCGACUGGGGGAAAAAACACCCUUCGCGGGAUCCAGGUUCGAAUACCCGAAGGGCGUGACAGACCGGAAACUACAUUUCCCAGCAUUCUUGCGGUACCAGAACUAUUCCCGAAAGCCUAAGCGAGCUCCAGCCGGUUUUCCGCUUCUUCUGGCCUACCGGACAUCUCUGGAACAUGAGGAGUCGCUGCAUUUGGCGGCUCCUGCGGUCUGGAGGCAGCGGGGGCCACUGGGUUUCAACUCCCCGCGGGCGUUUCUCGCCGGCCCUGCGGAGAGAUUUCUUGACCACCACAACCAAAGAAGGAUAUGACAGAAGGCCAGUGGACAUAACUCCUUUAGAACAAAGGAAAUUAACUUUUGAUACCCAUGCAUUGGUUCAGGACUUGGAAACUCACGGUUUUGACAAAGCACAAGCAGAAACAAUUGUAUCAGUAUUAACCACUUUAUCAAAUGUCAGCCUGGAUACUAUCUAUAAAGAGAUGGUCACUCAAGCUCAACAGGAAAUAACAGUACAACAGCUAAUGGCUCAUUUGGAUUCCAUCAGGAAAGAUAUGGUCAUCCUAGAGAAAAGUGAAUUUGCAAAUCUGAGAGCUGAGAAUGAGAAAAUGAAAAUUGAAUUAGACCAAGUUAAACACCAACUAAUGAAUGAAACCAGUAGAAUCAGAGCAGAUAAUAAAUUGGACAUCAACCUGGAAAGGAGCAGGGUAACAGAUAUGUUUACAGAUCAAGAAAAGCAACUUAUGGAAACAACCACAGAAUUUACCAGAAAGGAUACUCAAACCAAAAGUGUUAUUUCAGAAACCAGUAAUAAAAUUGACACUGAAAUUGCUUCCUUAAAAACACUGAUGGAGUCUAAUAAACUGGAGACAAUUCGUUAUCUUGCAGCCUCAGUGUUCACUUGUCUUGCAAUAGCAUUGGGAUUUUAUAGAUUCUGGAAGUAUUACUAACUAUCCUACUGUUGGCUGCUAUUGACUUCAUAGAAUACUACACCGGGAGUCUCUUUGAACAUUUUCAGUUGCUGCAGAAAAUUUACAACAACAUUAUUCAAAGUAUGCAUGGACUAAAGAGAAGUAUUUUAAGUAUUUUAUCUUUAUUUUAUGUGUCUGUAUUUUAUUCGUUUGAAAAGCUAUCAUCCAAACCCUGAUUUAUUUGCGAUAGAAGGGCAUUUUGUCCUCAUCCUUUUGAUAGUUCAUAGAAACUGAACUAAAAAUUUUCUUGUAUUUGCUUCAAGAAUUUUAUAAAUCAAAUAGAAUUUUGUUGGUAUGUACU